UGUUAGAAUCCAAGCUUUUACCGAAGAGCUGCGGCUGGACUGAAUAUAUCGAGAACCGUAUCGUCCGUGGGGUGAACGAGAGAACUCGAAUUUGGUUCCAAUGGCCUCUGCUGGCACGCUUCUCCGUUUGAGAGGUUUUCUGUUCCUCCAAGCUCGAGCUCUGAGAGCCGCGGUUCCACGCCGAUGUUCCGUCGAUAUUUCCUCGCUUCAAUCGCCCCAGCACCCGGAGUACGCCGUCUCCAUGCUCGGUGUCACUGCGCCGAGGGCAACGGUCGGUGGCGGCGGCUUAAGAGGGCUUACACCUCCUUCGCUGCCUAAACAGAAGGAGAAUUCGUGUGAGUAUCAUCCAGAUUAUCGGCGGUGGAAGGAUAAGGAGGGGGAGAUUCUUCUUGACAUCGAUCUCAUCAAGUUCCGUACCAAGGAUAUUCUUCACUCGGAUAGAUAUAGGGACGGGGAGCGGCUUAGUGUUGAAGAUGAGAAAGUAGUUGUAGAGAAGCUUCUUGCCUACCAUCCACAUUCAGAAGAUAAAAUUGGCUGUGGCCUGAAUUCUAUAAUGGUUGAUCGGCAUCCUCAGUUUAGAAAUUCAAGAUGCCUCUUUGUUGUGCGGACAGAUGGUGUCUGGAUUGACUUCUCGUAUCAAAAAUGCCUUCGAGCAUACAUUAAAGAAAAGUAUCCUUCUCACGCUGAAAGGUUCAUAAAAGAACAUUUUAAACGCAUCUGAACUUAAAUUUUUGCAUCUGAUUGCUGGUGAAAUAUGACUUUCUUUUGGAGAUCUGAUUACUCCAUCUGUUGUAUGCAAAGCUUCCAAGCCAUGUUAUUCUAAUAUAGAAUUUAUGGAAAUUUGUCUCUAAGAUUAAAAUAUCAUCGAUAUUUAUUGGCUUUGUAGCUUAUAGUGAUCAAUGCUCUAUGUGGAGCAUUGCACUCAUGACAAUCGAAUGUUUAAUUUUCAAAUCAGGUUUACUGCAAAUUUUAUGCCGUGA